AUAUAUAUAUAUAUACAGAGAGAGAGAGAGUGUAAUACAAAGAAAGAUCAUUGAGAGAACAACAAUGGAGAAACCAACAAAGUCAAAGAACAAGUUCUUGAAGUUUCUACCAAAAGCAGCUUCAGCUGUAACGUUCCAAAGCCCUCCUUUUAGUCCAACAAAAGACAAGAGAUGUUCAGACAGGCUCAAAACCCACAUCGGAAAAGGCUUCUCCGGCCCAAUCAUAUCCAUAAUUCCCGAAGAAGCUCGCCGGAAAACCAACAACUCACGCUCCGAAGAACCCCAAGAACAAGAACCCACUUCACCGAAAGUCUCGUGCAUGGGCCAAAUCAAACACAAAAACAAAAACAAGAACGAGAACAAGAACAAGACGAAGAAGAAGAAAGAGAAAAGCGUGCCGAUGCCUAAAGAAUUUAAACCCGUUAUGUCUACAAAGUCAUCGACGUUUCAGAAUGUUUUACCCGGUAGAAAGUCUGAUUCUUCAGUUGCUGAUAGGCCUAAGUUGCCUGAUAGAGCGCCGAGUUUGAGUCAGAUGAGGAGGUUCGCGAGCGGUCGUGAUUCGAAUACGAAAUUCGAUUGGACGGCUCAGAUUAUGCCGGUGGAUGGAGAUGAUGACAGCCGGGGUUAUUAUUCAGAUGAAGAGAGUGAAGGUGAAGAAAGAGAGAUCAUAAUUCCUUUCUCUGCACCGAUACUCGGAGGUGGAAAUGGAGAUGGAGUAGGUUUGGAGAAAAGAAAAGAAAUAAAUCUAUGGAAGAGAAGAACCAUGGCUCAACCUAGGCCUCUUCAAGUUAAUACCCUGGUCAGAUCAUGUUGAUUAAGGUUUUCUUGAACCAGUUUUGAAGGUCAAUUUAGUGUUUUGGUUUUUCUUGAUUAAGGUUACUUUGAAUCUAAAAACUGUAAUUUCUUUGUUAUUUUUAUUUUUAUGUUAUGUUUAGAUUUUGAAUUUAUAGAAGAAAUUGUAGAGGAAAAGGAUAAUCUGUUUUCUUUUUCAUCCAUAAUUUUUUUUCAUAAUUUAAAAUCUAAAUACAACUUUAGAUUUGAAACUAUCAUUGUAAAUGAGUUUAUGAGAUGAAAGAUAGACAUCCUUCUUGCAUAUCUAAA